UCUUUAGCAUUCUACUGUGGCCGAAUCGCCGAAUAUUCAUCACAAUCACAUCACUCACCACUCACCUCAUAGUCUUCUUGAGUUUUGUGUUGUAUGUCGUCUUUUGUGUAUCAUUCAUUUUAUUGCAUUGCAAUUUGAAUAGUUUAAAGUAAAUUUUAGAGAAAAUCGAAAGCAGAAGUUAAUUUAUAUAAUUGAAUAUUGAGAUGGAGGAAGAAAUCGGUAAUAUAAUAUCAGCAGAUAAUAGCAAUUGGGGCCCUUCAUUGAGAGUUUUUAUAGAGAAGGCUUCCAGCAAAUUCAAAUUCCCAGAAUUGAUACAAGGAUCCAAACGGGAAGACUUAUGGAAUGCAUUACUUCAGAUUGUGAAAACUUCUCAAGAUUCAUGUAUUAUUCGAGACUGCUUCAUCACUAUAAGAAUUUUAAGCCGAGAGAAACAUAAUCUUGUUGAGUUAGUAAAUGAUGAGUGGAUAGAAUUGAUGAAAAAACACUCUAUCGGAAAUGAAGAUUUUGAAUUCAAUGAAAACACCACUCCUGUUUGUUUAGAGGUAUUAAAAAGUCUCUCCAAUUUGAUGUACAAUUGCAAGCCACUGGCUGAAAAGGUUGUGAAAGUUGGUAUAUUCAAAGGAUUAAAAAAAAGAAUGAUAGAUUACAAGAAUGAAAAAUAUCCAGAAGAAAUCAAGUUUUAUGAUGUGAAAUUAACGUUCUUGAUAACUGCUAUAUCCCCGGAUAUCAAGAAAGAAUUCAAGGAUUUGCCAGUUUUGUUGAUGGACAUGCUUCAAGAUGUUUUGAAAGAGGCAGCUAAAAAUCAAGAAUCCAUUUUAUUGACAGAUACACAAAUCGAUCUUGUCAGCGAAAUAUUGAAAUUACUAUUCAAUCUAACCGUUACAUCUGAUGAUUCAGACAUUGAAAUCAACUAUUUAACCCUAGUGGAAAUUCUCAGGAGCUAUAUGUUUGUAGCUUCUUCUGAUACUGAUAGAAACUGGAAACUACGUAACAAUGUUAUUAAUCUACUCACAAAUAUACCUCCCGAGACUUACUCGGCAUUGAUUAUUCCUAUACAAACUGAUCGUAAGGUGCCAAACAAAUAUAAGUUUGAGAACGACAAUAUGAUGGCUAUUUUUGAGAUGCUGGUAUUCUUGAAGAUAAAGUUCAACGAAUCAACGAGCACAUCUAGUCAAUAUGAAAUCUUAUCACCUUUACUAACGGUGCUUGUGAAGAGUGCUUCACAUCAUCGUUCCAUAAGGAAAUACUUGAGAAGCCACAUACUCCCUCCAUUGAGAGACGUUCAUUCUCGGCCCGAGGAGGGCGAUACCCUCAGAAACCACUUGUGCCGCUUGCUAACAUCGUCUAGUAGCCAACUGAAUGAAUUGUCAUCACAAUUACUUUUCAUUUUAUGCAAAAACAAUGUUACGAGAUUGGUCAAAUAUGCCGGAUACGGUAACGCUGCAGGUUUGUUAGCUCAGCGAGGCCUUUUAGCCGGAGGACGUGAUAUUGGUGAGAGCAAUUACAGUACAGAUAGUGAAAACAGCGAGACUGAAGAGUACGCUGAUCACAAACACGGCAUUAAUCCGGUCUCUGGUUGUUUUGAGCCUCCGCAUGAGAGCACUAUGAAGAACAUGUCCGAAGAACAAAAAGAAUACGAGGCGAUGAAACUGGUGAAACUAAUGGACGACUUAUUAAAAUCUGGUUCAAUUAAACCCUGCAGAAUAGGUAAAGAUGGGAAGCCAGAACCUAUAGAGCAUGUUCUUCAGCUUCAGGAAGGUCUGAAAUCACAUCAAAACUAUUUGAAUGGUGCUAACAGUGAUAGUGAUUGAACAAAUACACUCGAGUGUUGAAAAAUGUGUUUACCAAAGACUUUUCUUGAACCUUCAAAAUUAAUGGAGGGGAUUAGUAUUGUAACUUAUAAUUUUGUGUGUGGAUGUUUCAUUAUCGAUAUAAUCAUCUAAAGUAGUUGAAUUUUCAGGGAAAAACACCUCAAUUAGUUAUAUGUAGUAUUUGAUCAUAUUUUUUAUACAAUUGUUUAUAUCAAUAUUUUGCUUUUAUGUGCAAUUGAAUUUGAGGGAUGAUGGUAUCAAAGUAUUAGAAAUGUUUUUUUUUCAUUAUAUUUGUAAAGAUUAA